CCGCUCCCCCCAUCCACCCUCUCUCUCUUUUUCCCACUGCUGGUGCUCAGUGGGCUCAAGCUCGAGGCAGGUUCCAUCCAGGACUCAUCGAAGAGAUAAAAGCGAGCAGAGGGCAUGUCUGGGGCGCCGGAGAAGAAGCAGAAGGUCGGGGGCGCCGGCCUGGACUGGGGCGGCCUCUUCUUCUCGCAGCACGACACAUACUGCUUUGUCAAGUACACGUGGAAGGACGGCGAGUGGGACAAAGGAGAAUUGCAGUCCGACUUCCACAUGAAGCUCCACGUGAUGGCAAACGUUUUGCACUACGGCCAGGCUGUUUUCGAAGGGCAGAAGAUCUUUCACUGUAAGGACGGCAAGGUGGUUGUUUUCAACGACAAGGCCAACUACGACAGGCUCAUGCGUGGCUGCGCGCGUCUGGGCAUGCCGGCGAUGCCGCAGGCGAUGUUCCACGAGGCCAUCGACAGGGCCGUCAUCGCGAACCUGGACUUCGUGCCGCCGUACGGCAGCAACGGUGCCCUGUACGCCCGCCCCGUCUUCUUCGGCAGCGGGCCGCAGCUGGGCCUGGGGCCGAGCAACGAGUUCACGUUCGCGGUCGUCGUUGCCCCCGUCGGCUCGUACUACAAGACCGCUGGCCUCACGCCGAUCCCGUGCAAGGUCAUCGACGAGUACGACCGCGCUGCCCCAGCCGGAGUCGGCGCCAUCAAGUGCGCCGGCAACUACGCCGCGGACAUCGUGCCCUCCAAGGAGGCCAAGGCCGCGGGCUUUCCCAUCGGGCUGUACCUGGACGCCAAGGAGCACAAGUACAUCGAGGAGUUCAACACCUCGAACUUCGUCGCCAUUACAGCGGAUGGCAAGUACCUGACCCCAGACUCGCACUCCGUGCUGGGGUCGGUCACGAACAUGUGCCUCGAGCAGCUGGCGAAAGACAUCGGCCUCACCGUGGAGCGGCGAAGGAUCGAUUUCGACGCGGAGGUCAGCACCUUCAAGGAAGUCGGGGCAGUAGGCACGGCUGUGAUCAUCACCCCGAUUGCCACCAUCACGAGGGGCGAGAAGGU